CGACACAUUUCUUAGAUUGGAGAAAAAGAGUUCGAUGAUCUGAAAUACUGCAAGAGGAGUACAUCUUCCACGUUCAUCUACGUAGUUGUACGUUAUUUUCUCGUUAUUUUUAUUUUCAAUGAACUGUGAAAAGUCAGGUUUGAGUCAGGUUUGACAACUCGUAUGUCCCGUAAAAACGUCUGAAAAGCGGAAGUUACCAAGAUACUGUUGAGAACUAUUGGAAAGAAAAGGAUAUAUUGAAGCAAGUGAAACAUCUCUUUGUUGUAUUUCAAACAUGGAAGGCGAUGUGUUUGAUUUUCCAGGAGAAGAAGGCAAUGGAAAUGAUCUGGUUCCUAGUCGGGAAGCUCAUGUUGCUCUUAGGGAAGGUAAAGAUAUUAAAACUUUACCCCACUGUUCUGGGGUAAAGUGGCAAGGGAUGUACUUCUAUGUUUUGAAAAAAAAAUGCACCAAAGGGUUGCCUCCAUCUUAGAGUUACCCAAUAAGCAUUCAUUAUCACCCAACCUGGUCUCAGUUGUUCAAAAUGUUGGAUAUCACUAUCCAGUGGAUAAUUAUCAGGGGAAACCAAUUUCGUUUUACUCUGAAUAGUAACGUUGUCCACGUUUUGAACAACUGGAACCUCAAGGCAAUACGUACAGCAUCACAAAUGACUGACAACUGCUUUUAUUUCACCAAACGUAAGACUGCAUUCUUUAAUUAAAGAAAUAUGCGACGACAUAAGUUCUAGCAAGUUAAUGACUGUAGUUCCAAGGGCUAUCAUUAAGAGGUGGGGACCGGGGAUUUCCCCCGGCUACUAUAAAUGUGGCCCCCGGCGGCUUUCAUAGGAAAAUAGAAGAAAAAUAGAACCAAACAAAAUCCCUAGCUGUUUGAUUCCCUGCCAACUUGUUGUAUUUACCAGGCAACUUGAAAUCUUAAUGACAACCCUGAGUAAUUCCUUUAGUCUAUCAGUCAGUUCAUGUAUCAUUAAAAAGGUACAUGUAUCCUGCUAUUAUCAAAGAGAAACUGUGUUUAAAACAUGCAUAGCAAGUUGUUCACCACUGUUCAAAUCUUGUUUCUGGUGAAUAAAAAAAACUGAGUGAAGUUUCAUGAAUGAAAACAGCAAGAUGCCCUCAGUUGUUGUCUUUCAGUUUCUAACCUUCCAGUCUUUCAAUUUGAUAUUUUAAUGACAAAGCAUGCUUUUCUUUAUUCUGCUUGGAUGGUUGUCAAAUUGCACACAAUAAUUUCUUUAUGGUUCACAUGUAACAACGUCAUGAACUCAACAUGUCUUUCGAAUAAAUUUGAUAUUUUAAUGGACAAAAGUCUUGGAAUGCUUUUUUCAUUUUUAUUCUGCAAAUUGGAUGGUUGUCAAGAAAAUUUUGAAAAGGAUGCACUGUUUUAUGAGGGAACCCAGAAUGACAGGAAAAUAUGAAUAUUGUGUUAAUUGUAGUUAUGUGUGAUUAAAAAAUUUUCGCCUGGGUUAGUUGAGGACAAACUCAAUUUAGUUCAGUGAAAGUGGAGAUGUGAUGUUGCAAGCUAUUGGACAUUUACAAAAGCUUCAGCUAAACAUAGUCUGAGCUAAUAUGCACGUUUACUGCUUGUAAUACCUUAAUGCGGCUCUCUUUGGUCAGAGCAUUUACAGGGCUUGGAAUAACAGCCAGUCAACAGACAAUGUCUGGUCAAAAGUAGGCUUUAUUCAGCCAAAUCCCUAGAUGACUGGACACAAAUGUCAGAUAGUGUAUGUGUUCUUAUAUAGAUAUUUGAUGUAAUUGAUACUUGUCUAACCAAAAAGGGGUUGUGUCCGAGCAAAAUAGGCUUGACCAGACAACUUACCUGUGCCAACGGCAAAAUUUUUUCAAGCCUUGAUUUACUGAUCUUAUUAAAUUUAAAACUAACUUUACUGUCCAUUUCUUGAAUGUACAUCAUCUGAUCAACCAGCAUUCAAAAGUCUUAAGGAACGUUAUACAGAGUUGGUGCAACAGUUUACUGAAUUACAGACAAAGAUGAAAGUGAGAGAGAGAAGAGUUUACCAAGAGAGAGACGAACUGCAUAACCUCGUACAGAAAAGCUAUAUUGCUUUCAAAGAAAAGCAUGGUGAAAAUGAACAAUUGAAGAAGAUUAUACAAGAGCUAAAGGAGAAUUUAAGAAUGACACAAGAGGGUCUUCCAAAGGUAUUUGUGCACUCAUGGUGUAACCUAUUAAGGCAUACUUAAUUGCUUAGAGAAGACUUAUUCAAAAUUCCUUGAGCUAAAUGUUUGUGCUUAAAGGGGAUAUGUCACGUGGAUAUUGCUGUUUUAGGUCAAGUCUUUGCUUAAGUCACUACUCAGUGCCUUUGGGCCCCAUACACAAAAUGUAGCUCAAAAGUCAUCUUACCUGGGGGAGGUACUUUGGUAAAUUUUGGCUGGGUAUGUGCCUGUGGCCUGUCAGAGCCCCUACCCCAUUAUAGUCUAUUCUGUGGCCAAUUAUAGACCCCAUCUUAGUCACUUUUGUGCAAAUAUCAAUUUUCGCGAUCCCAACUUAGUCACUCUUUAUUUAUGUAUGUACCUUAUAUUGAAUGAAGAACACUUUGCUUUUCACCUUCAGCACAAACAUUCUGGUGCGUUUGCUAACCGUAUAAAUGAAGGACUGUCUUAUCCCAAAAUCAGAAAAUGUGCGACCCCAUUCUAGUAACUCUAUAGAAAAUGCGACCCCAUUAUUGUCAAGUAAGGAAGUAUUCGCCCCCGGGUUAUCUCAUCAUUUUAUCAUUCUCAGCAACAUCCUAACAUCUUAAUCUUUUUCCUUUAUUCCUGGAACAUUUGGAAAUAUGCGAAGAGCUUCUCGAACAGCAACGUCCAAAGAACAUGACUUGCGUGACGGCUAUUUUGUUCCAGAUAAACAUGCCAGAAUCUCGCCAGAACAACGCGUCAUCAAUAUAACCCGGAGUAGUCAUUCGAUAAAAAUCGGUAAAUCUGAUUUGAUUGAUGUCGAUUGUAACGAUCAAUCGGUAAAAAUCGAUGACACACUCGUUUCGUUUAUCGAUUUAUCUUGAUUUCACCGAUUUCAUCGAUUUAUAUCGGAAGAUACAUCUGUUCAUCUGUUCAUCCAAUGAUGAAAAUUGAUUUCAUGCCAAAAGUAGAUUUGUUGACAAUUGAGUCGCAAUUCAGUGAGAGUCGAAGGGUCAAAAAAAAGUCGGAGUCACUGUCUUUCCAUGCUUAUUACUUUUCUAAAGGCUUAAAGAACGACAAAUAUACUUCAGGCGAAUCUACUUAAUCCGGGCGAAUCUGCCUGAUAUCACUGCAAGCAGUCUAACGAUCGUUGCGAAGCUUUUUCCACAUAAUCGCUGCAAUCACUGACAAAACGUCAGACACCAGCCCUUAUUUAGAGGAUGUGAAUAAAAUGAAUCUUUAUUUCUUUUUUCUUACCCAGACUGAAGGGAAUGCCUCACGUCCUGGCUCAACCUCAGAGGAAGAAAAAGGCUCAGAAACCAAAAAAUAUAAAACUAUUAUCAAGGAGUUGCAGACUUUAGGACUAGAAGUAAUAGAAGAUGAGGAAAAGUUGUUUAUUAUUCUAACAGAAAGAGAUUACCUGAGAAAGUGGAUGGAAGAGAAAUCGGAUGGGAAUAUCGUAGUGAAAUUUAAAGGAACUCAUUUUGAGGAUACGACGACGGAAACUGAGGGGUUGCUGAUGAAAAACGAACAGGGAGAAACUGAAACUAAAAAGAUGCAAGCAGAGAUUAUUCAACUUAAGAAAAAAAUACAGGACCAAGCUGACGAAUUGGCUAGGUUUUAUAAAGUAUUCAAAGAAGCGAUGGAGCAGAAUUUAAGAUAUACAAAACAGGAAAAGGCUCGCGCUGAGGGUGCAAAGCAAGGUAGGUCUUGAAAAUGCACUCCGUGAGUUGUUAGGCCCGCGCUGUUCAAACGUCGAACUUUACAUGUGCCAAACCUAAUUGUUAGGUUCGGCACAUGUUAAGUUCGACGUAUGGCGGAAUCAAUUAGGAACGACAGGAACGACACUUUUGUAUUUGGGUCGACUCUGCCGUUCUAUUCGACUGAGCUUGUCGAAUAGAACGGCAAAAGGUCGACUUCAAUUCAUAGUACGUCGAACUUCAAAUGUGCCAAUCCUAAUUCAUAAAUUAGUUUACCGUAUUUUUCAAUAUAACCGCGCUUCUGAUUGGCUAUAUAAUGGGUUUUCGCGCCUGUGCGGACAGAACUCACAGAAGCGUAACGACUUUACCCGCAUUCUCGUUGUAGAUUUUUAGACUGAAACUGGACAGCCUAAUACGGUCUUCUAAAAAGUUGCUUUUCUUUAUAUCCAUAAAGAAAUCUUACUUUAUUUUAAAAUUUUUGGCGUCACUUUAUUUUGUCCAAAUGUCAAUGUGAUCCACGAUCUCCUCAGCUCACUCCUUGCUAUAACAGAACACAAAUCACACUAAAAUCAAAACAAGAAUUUUCAGGCUUGGUGAAUUUUAUUUUUUUGCAGUUUAUUUCCCUAUUUUAAGUUAAGAAGUAAGGAUGAUAUUUGUUUUCGCCGCGAAUUUGGUUCGGCACAUGUAAAGUUCGACCGUCUGAAUCAACCCGUGUAAUUACCUAAUUAUUUUUUGUUUCAGUAGUGCUGUACUUCGUUUUUCCUAAACCGCAUUUAUCUUUGUCGCAGGUUUGUCAGACUUAGCAAAAAAACAAGCGAGUGUGGACAAAAAUGAAUGGAGACCAAAGCAGACGAGUUCAGCCAAAGCUGAAUCACUCUUAGCUGCUGUAAGGACACAAGCAGCAGAAGUGAAACAAGCCAAACAUCAUGUGGAUAAACAAAACAAAAGCUUGCGCACAUUGGUAGACUUAACCGAGAAAAUCACUAAAGAUUUUACACAGUUGGUCACUUCCUCGAAGCCUCAAGAAGCUUCUGGCUCCCCAGGGGAAAAUGAAAGUUCCCAGGGAGCUGUAGGUGGAGUACUAUCCAUGUCCCAGGGGCAAGGAACGGGAGAAGAGACCUUCGAGCGCGUUUUCGAUGGCGACGCACCUUUAAGUAUUCCUGUUCAAGAGACGGAGUUAGACAGAUUACGAAACUCUAAGGCAAAGGCAAAGUUGGAGUUUUCCAGUGGUGCGAUGUAUAAUCCGAGAUUAAUUACAGGCGAAACCAUUCCAUCUCCUUCGACUCCGGGUAGGACGGUUCCCAUGGCAACUGGCGUAUCUGAUAGCACCUGGACAGGAGAGAGUGAUAUCGAGGUUAUUGAAGAGGAAGAAGAUUUCGUCGGUGCUGGCUUACCUCGAGGCAAAAUAUGUCCCGUUUGCGAUCGCUUUUUUCCGGAAAGCUUUAGUCAACGAGACUUUGAGAUGCAUGUCAACGAGCAUUUCGAUCAUAACACUUAAAAUAUCAACCUUCGAAUUUCGAAAUGAAGAGCUCUCGCAGGUUGUUUGGAGUGAAAAAUACGCGCCUUUGGCGAGGCGCGUUUUAAGAACAAAGAAUACUCAACCAGCGGAAUGUUCGAUAUCAUUAAACUCAGUGUCACGGAAAUUACGUUUUGCUGAUUACUCGCUAAGACACCUAACUUUUGUGUCCUUAAUGGUUCAUUUUCAUAAAAAAGCAAGUCAUGUGUAGGACAGCUUUAGAGCUGUUGUGGACCUGCAGCAGUAAUACACAAUUGCAGUACACAUACAUAGACGCACACAUGUUUUCAAAGUUAGCCUGUGCAGGCUCUCAUUUAGUAGGGACGUUGAGAACACAAAGGGAAAAUAGGACGCGCAUGAUCUUCCCCCGCGGAUCUUCGCUUUCCCCAGCUCCCGCCCCCGUGCGUUUUUCUCAUCAUUUUUCACUAACUCUGAACAUUGCUAUCUUGAAGCCCGAAACAGGCUUGUUUGAAGGUUGAUCACACUACCGUCGUCUACAAAACCCUUCCCCCACAACCAGCACUUUUCGAACGGUACCGUAAUAGAGCUGUGAGACUGUAUCUGCGGUUUUUCGUCCGUUAUCGGAGAGGACUAGCUGGUCUAUUCAUUGGUAGAUACAACAACAAUAGCAGUACAUGUUCCUUAUAUAUUUUAAUACACUGAUUGUUAGUUGAGCCGGGAAUCGAACCUAAAACUAGCCUUAAAACAAGUGACAAACCGCCACCAACCCACGGCUUAAAACCUACGGCCUGGCCAGUAUCUCACUCAUAUCACCGAAAGUAGAGUGAUUUUUCUCAGUUAGAAUUUUAUAUUUCCUGGAACGCCAAACAGGACGGCUUUAAUAUCACGUGAAUACUAGAAAGCAGAAUUAGGCAAGAGGCAUAAAGGGGAAAGGCUUGGCCGAAGUUUUUCAAGUUUAAUUUGUAUAGUUAAUAGCAUGAUUUUUAGUGAUAUUUGGCAUAAAUACCACGAAUCGUUAUACGUAAUUUGAGACAACUCUGAAAUGUCAAGAGUGGUAUUUAUGCCAAACAUCACGUACAAAUCAUGCCAUUAUUUGUUCAUACUACUACCUGCAAAGGUUUUGUAAUUUUCACAUGUAGGUAUUUCAAAUUAAGCAGAAAUUCCACUGCUCUAAGCCAAUCAAAUUGCAGAAAUUUCUUGUGUAGUAGUGUAAUAGGCCACUUGCUCUAAGAGCCCAUGUCACCAAUGCUUCCUUUAAACAAUGAGUUUGAAUCUUACUGAUGCCAAAAAUUGACAGAGCACAUAAAAAUAAUCAUACCCCCGAAAUUUGAGAGGAAACUCAUUUAAGGGAUAUAUUUUAUGACACUUUGAUUUUUCAACAAAGUAGUAUGAUUUGUAUUGGCCGCCAUGUUGGAGGGCAUGCUCUUGCCCUCCAACAUGGCGGCCAAAACUACUUUUUACUUAUAUCAUGUUAAACGCAUGAUAGUUGCGCUCAGAUGUGCUGUAAACGCUACCAUAUCAUCUUUUCAACAUUUUCCUUGAAGUUUAAGUGCAAAAUUUGUGUUCAGAAAGAGGUAAUUCAUAAUUUUAAAAAUCACAUUAUGGUCACGUGACCAGCUACGAACUUACUCACUUUAAAGGGAACCUCCACUCUUACUAC